GUCGACUUCAUAAACAGCCCAGUGAUCGCGACUCGGAAGCGAGCGCUGCUUAUUUUUUACUCAAAUAAUCUAUAUUUUAAACUAAAUAUUUAGAAAAACCGACUAUUUUAUACACGAUUUUCUACCUGAGUAAUAUUUUUGAGAGUGGCACCUAUAUUUAAAUGAAAUUUUCUACCAUUUGUUGCUAAGACCCAUAUCAAUGUGUUUUUGAGUCUAGAAUGUGAUUUUUUUGUUUUUAUUUCCUAGCUGCUAAAUAAAGGAAUUGAAAGAGAAUGGCACCAGUGAAGUUCGGCCUGUUCAAAGCUCGCAGCAGAGACUAUCAGGAACAGCCUUCGACUGAGAACCUACUGCACACCAGCCAUAGCACCGACAAUUUGGGUCCGCCAUCUUCCCCCAUACCGUCGACCAGUAAGGGGGUGCUGGAUGACGCGGCGUCAGCUGAUCUGGCAGACCUCAAUAUUGAUAGCGAGGAUGAUGACACAAUAUCACAACAGAAAAUAGUUACUCGGCGAGUGAGUGACACAAGCAGACUGGAAGACUCUCAGAUAAACUACCAGCCCCUUAAAAACCAAGCUUCAACGGACGCUACUUCCAUGUCUACUCUAAAUUCUGAGCUAGAAGACCGAGAGACCACGCUAGUAGACGAUGGAGACGGUGCCUCAACAUCCUGUGACGUUCUCUCCUUACAAUUCGAUGAUACUUCUAUAGCAGCCAGCGAAGACCUGUCGGUCUACUGUGGGACUUUAAAGAAGACUAAAAAGAUCAGAAUUAAGGAGGAGAAGAAAUUGAGAGAUUUGGAUAUGUGGCAAGCUAGUAAUGUUGAAGUUAUGCAGAAUCUCCUAAGCAGAAGUGGGACCCUAGAUGACCAGAUCAAAUGGGAAGCUAUUGCUACAGCCCGAGGCCUUUGCACCCUCAAAGACAGCUGUACUUGCGACGACUGUGUGAGGGCGAAGUACCUCGCGGGGGUCACAGAUGGCGACGGAGGCCUGGGUGCUGCGCCCCUUUUUAAUGCCAUCAGCGUAGGGUGUGUGGUUCAGUAAAAAGUAGAAAAAAGGAUGGUGAUGGAAAGGACAAUGUGUGUUUUUUAAGGUUGGUAGAAUUGGUAAUUGUGUGGUAUUUUGUGUUUUUUGUGUGCUAGCAACUAUGCAUUGUUUGGUAGUUUUUUAAACUCUGCAGUAUUUUGUCGUUGUAACUAAAAUUACAGAACAUAAUGCUAUAAAUACGAUUUAUUGUGCAUUAUUAUUUCUGAGUGUUUUCUUUUCGAGUAUUAUUUCAAAGUGCAGAGUUUAUUUCAAACUGCAGAGUUUGAUAUAACUGCUAAAAAGAAGGCUAGGCUGGAUUAAGAAAUGUGAGAAUACAUAUUCAUGUGUUUAUUACGUAAAAUUAGCCUUAUUUUAAAACUCUGCAUAAUCAAAUAAUCACUUAUAUACUAGUGAAAGGUAUUCAAUUAUUCUUACAUUCUUGUACAAUGUGUUGUUUUUGACAAGCAAUUUGGAGUGGCGUUUGUGUGUCUUAUUUUGAAACGUAAUUGUA